AUGGUUCCAAAUGAAACAGUUCAGUUAGAAGGAAUCGUGGGACUGAUACGCUAUUUCAAAUGGACAUGGAUUGGCCUUGUUGUUUCAGAUGAUGACAACGGAGAAGUGUUUGCUCAAACCAUUCCCCUCUUGCUCAGUAGGCAUGGAAUCUGUGUUGCCUUCACCGAGAAGGCCCCAGUAGUUGUGCUUGAAUCCUAUUAUGAAUCUACCAACAAAAUAUUACUUGUGGGAAACAUUUUAGCAACAUUAUUUGCCACAAAAGCCAAUGUGAUUGUUGCAUAUGGAGACACUUAUUCCAUGCAUGGUUUACCAAUGAUUUUAUACACACAGCAAGUAGCGGCAAAGCAACAUUUAACGAGGAGGGUUUGGAUCACAACAGCCCAGUGGGACUUAUCUUCAAGGAUUGUUCAGAGAGACUGGAAUGCCAGGUUUUUCCAUGGCACCUUGUCUAUAGCAGACCACAGAAAUGAUGUACCAGGAUUUCACAGCUUCCUCCAGACAUUUAAGCUUUACCAACACCCAACUAUUUUGCUGCGGCAGUUCUGGCAUACUGUAUUUCACUGUAGAAGUCCAAAUCUUAAUAGCUCCAUGCUACAUUUAAAAAAAUGUACAGGAGAGGAAAAGCUGGAGAGUCUUGAUGAGGAUGUGUUUGAAAUGCGCAUGUCUGGCCAGAGCUACAGCAUUUACAAUGCAGUCUAUGCCUUUGCACAUGCUUUGCAUGCUUCUUACUCGUUCAGAUGGCAAACAAUGAGGAGAAACCUUAAGCUGGAGCUUCACAGAAAGCAGCCAUGGGAGCUCCACCCAUUUUUGCAAAAACUGCAUUUCAACAACAGUAUUGGGGAGGAGGUGUAUUUCAAUGAAAACCAGGAAUGGUCUACUGGAUAUGACAUUGUAAACUGGGUCAAUUUCCCCAAUAAGUCCUUCAUCCCCGUGAGAGUUGGAAUGGUGAAUUCUUGGACUUCCUCUGACCACAGGUUUACCAUCAAGAGUGAGGCUGUCAUAUGGGCCAACAGAUUCAACCAGACAUUGCCUCGUUCCCUAUGCACUGAGCAAUGCCAUCCUGGAUACAGCAAAAAAAUUCUUGAGGGAGAAAAUUCAUCUUGCUGCUAUGAUUGUUCCCAGUGCCCAGAAGGGACAAUUUCAAACCAGACAGAUGCAUAUCAAUGUAUCAUGUGCCCAGAAGAUGAGCAUCCAAACAAGAACCAAAACCGAUGUAUCCCUAAAGUCAUAACUUUUCUUGCCUAUGAUGAACCAUUAGGAAUCAGUUUGGCUUCUGCUUCUCUCUCCUUUACCCUACUCACCACAGUGGUGCUUGGAACCUUUGUUAAAUAUGAAAGCACACCCAUUGUAAGAGCAAACAACCGGGAUCUUACCUACCUCCUCCUAGUUUCCUUCUUGCUUUGCUUCAUUUGCACCUUUUUGUUCAUCGGACAACCCAACAAGGUGACCUGCCUUCUCCGACAGGCUGCUUUUGGCAACGCAUUUUCUUUUGUGCUUUCUUGUGUCUUGGCCAAAACCAUCACGGUGGUUCUGGCGUUCAUGGCCACAAGCCCAGGAAACACAAUAAGGAAAUGGUUGGGGAAACGUCUGGCCAAUUACAUUAUCUUUGUUUGCUCUCUUAUUCAAGUUGGCAUCUGUACUAUCUGGCUCAGUACGUCUCCACCAUUUCCAGUGCUUGACAAGUUCUCACAGUCAGGACAAAUCAUAGUGGAAUGCAAUGAGGGCUCAGUCACCAUGUUUUACAUAGUCUUAGGUUACAUGGGCUUUCAGGCCAGUGUCAGCUUCUUGGUGGCCUUCCUAGCCAGGAAGCUGCCUGAUACUUUCAAUGAAGCCAAGUUUAUCACCUUCAGCAUGUUAGUGUUCUGCAGUGUCUGGGUCUCCUUUGUUCCAACCUACCUGAGCACCAAAGGGAAAUACAUGGUGGCUGUAGAGAUCUUCUCUAUCUUGGCUUCCAGCGCUGGAUUGCUGGGUUGUAUAUUUGCCCCUAAAAUGUACAUAAUUGUGCUAAGGCCAGACAUAAACACAAGAGACCAAUUCUUUAAGAAGAAAAGAUAA